CGUAACGACGGCGUCGAACAGAUAAAACCCGUGGCGAGAGUUUUUAUAGCAUUUUCUGUGUGUGUGGACUCUAUACGCGUUUAAUUGUUUCUCGAGCUUGAUGUUUUGCAAAUUACGCUUACGCUACGCUGCGUGUGUGUAUGUGUGCGCGUGUUAGUUUCUCUCAGUGUGCGUGCGUGUGUGUGUGUGUGAACAUAAAAAAUGCCGACGGCGAAUUGCUGCUAGCGCAAAUCCCAUUCCUUGACUCUAUUGCUUAUGUCUGCGCUGGCUACGCUGAAACUGACACUUAACACCACCAGCAACGAGCCGCAGCAGCCGACGCCGCCUUCCGAGCUGUCCACUGUGGGUGCAAUGCAUCCGGAUUGUCUGCCACUGCCGCUGGCGGCCAGCAAUCUGCACGGCAGCAGUCCACAGCUGCAGCAGCCGGACAGCAGCAGCUGCGACGCCGACGACGGACAGCUGCUGAACAUUGAAGAUGCCGAGGAGCGUGCCUCCCACUCGCAGGAUGAGGAUGAGGAGCUGGACGAUGUGGCCAGCUGUUGCAGCGAGAACAGCGUCCUGAGCGUGGGCCAGGAGCACAGCCAAGUGGCAGCGGUGCAAGCGCGUCAGCGUCUGCUCAUGAGCCAGCUCUAUCGUCCGUCGGCCUUCAGCAGCGUGCCACAUGCCACAAAUCCGAGCAGUGUGGAUGCUACGCCCGCCAGCUUUCAGGAGGAGUUUCUACGCAAGUCCCAGCUCUAUGCGGAGGAGCUAAUGAAGCAGCAGAUGCAGCUUAUGGCGGCGGCUAGAGUAAAUGCGCUCACAGCUGCUGUCAUGCCGCUGGGCAGCAAAAUGUCGCAGCAGCUGCAAAUGGCUGCAGCAGCUGCUGCGGCGGCGAUGCGUCCAACUGUUCCCGGACAGGAUGCUCUGGCGCAGCUUACAGCUACCGCUCUGGGCAUUACACCCGCCGCCCACUCACAUCAGCUGCUCAUGCAACAGCAGCAGCAGCAGCAACAGCAGCAACAUUAUGGAGCGCCACAGCAAUCCCAAGCGCACGCCAGCAACAACAAUCAUAACCACAACAGCAACAACAACAACAACAAUAACAACAUUAAUAAUAACAAUAACAAUUUCAAUGAGCAUCUGCAUGAGCGCGCGCUCAAGUUCAGCAUUGAUAACAUUUUGAAAGCGGAUUUCGGCUCACGCUUGCAACAGCGUGCGGCAGCUGCUGCUGCUGCUGCCGCCGCCGCCUCGGCAGCCACGCCCAAACUCAAGCUGCCGCGCAAGUGCAGCAAGCCACUGAAUCUCGCGCAAUCGCCCACUCAGCCCAGUCUGAGCUUCUCCAGCACGCUGGCCAACAUUUGCAGCAACAGCAACGACUCCAACAGCACCGCCACCAGCAGCAGCACCACCCACAACAACAACAACAACAAUACGUCUGCUGUGGAUUUGGUUAAAGCCGGCAGCGGCAACUCACCAUCCCCAGCAAGUGGCAACAAAGCAGGCGAGGAUGCCAACAGCUCCACGGGCAGUGGCACAUCCAGCAGCUCCACGCCCAUUGUAUGGCCAGCGUGGGUCUACUGCACCCGCUACAGUGAUCGCCCCAGCUCAGGUCGAAGUCCGCGUACGCGCAAGCCCAAGAAGCCGUCGACGUCGAGUGCAGCGGGCAGCGGCAGCGGCGACAAGUCCGAUGCAGACAGCGCUGCCGUGCCCGAGGACAAGCGUCCACGCACUGCCUUCAGCGGCACACAGCUGGCCAGACUAAAGCAUGAGUUCAAUGAGAAUCGCUAUCUGACCGAGAAGCGUCGCCAGCAGCUGAGCGGCGAGCUGGGCCUGAACGAGGCGCAGAUCAAGAUUUGGUUUCAGAACAAACGCGCCAAGCUGAAAAAAUCCAGUGGCACCAAAAAUCCGCUGGCGCUGCAGCUGAUGGCCCAAGGACUCUACAAUCAUUCGACGAUACCGCUGACGCGUGAGGAGGAGGAGCUGCAAGAGCUGCAGGAGGCCUCAGCAGCGGCAGCGGCGUCGGCGUCGGCGUCAGCGUCAGCGUCAGCGUCAGCGUCAGCGUCAGCGUCGACAGAGCCAACUUAGGGCAAUUCUUAUAUUUAACUAUUAAUAAUAUUUAUAUUUAUGCUAUAGCGUGUAAGUUUAGUGCUUAAAGUUGCUAAAACAAUUAAGUUGUAAAAUAUUCUAGUCCCCCCCAACUACUCCCCCCCGCUACUCAUGGGAGGCACGCGAUUCACUCGAAGCAGCCAGAAGUUCCAGCUCCACUCUGCUCUGCGUGCUUUUGUAUAAUAAAUUCGAAGAAAAAAAUAAAAAAUA